GCCGUGAACUGAACCUGCCUGCCCGUAGAUCUGAGACGUUUGGUGGGUGACUGCGCGGCUGCCAUCAACAAGCCUCAGGGCCCAGGGCGUAGCUUCAUGACGUUCUCGUUGUGGAACAGUCAUGAUGGCGUGGAUGUGGAGACGCCGAAAGCACCGCAACGGGAGCGCACGCACAGCAGCGGCAGUUGUAAGACACCCGUGCCAGGCAGCCCCAGCAUCGUGUUCCUCAAGGCUCCAGUUGUUCUCCAGAGGCCGCCUGGGGAGCAUACGAAGCUUCUACCGAGCGAGACGCAGCAGCGGCCCGAAUGCAACGCGAGCAAGCAGAUUAAGAGAUGCCAGCUGGUGGUGGUGGUUUUGAUAUCUCUCGUCACGGCAGCUGUGAUCAUCUUGUUUCUGGCAGAUGACGGACGGCGGUGACUGAGGACCGACCUUGUUUUCUCCCUCGGCGGCACUGCUGUAGUCUGCUGGUGUCGUAAUGUUGGAGUUAUUUUAGGACUGGACACACUACCACGGUAGUAUCAAAAUUGUUGCUUGGGCUAUGUCGUAGGCGAUGCGCGUCUGCGUUAGUUUAACUGUGCUUGUAACCUUGAUUUACAGAAUCGUCCCCUGCUAUGCACAACACAAUGGUUUUAGAAUGGGGCAUGUUGCAGGAGCUCAGUUCUCCUACAGCAGAUAUGUUCCGUGUUGAUCGGUUGGUUUCGGUGGUUGUUUUUCCAGGACAUUGUUUAGUCAGGGCCCGUUUCAUUGAUAGAGCUGUAUCGAGUUGUACUUUGACACAAUGCGUGGCGAGGGACGUAGACUGCACUGGGAAAUUGAGGCGAGACACAGGAACGGUUUCAAGGCCCGCAGAAGCGAAAUACGCAGCUUGGAGACACGUCCUUUACUGAGCGCGUAGUUUAGAUGUAGAAUGGUAGAGCAGGUUGCAAACGCUUGCAUCGCCUAGAAAAGUAAAAGAAUAGAGGAACCGUUGCUGUGGCUGCUGCCGCUCCCGCCGCCUUAGGAAGGGUGACUUUUCUCUGGCGAACCCGGUCGGAUCGUUAGGAUCUGUCCGCCCCUCCUGCUGAAAUAUCCUCCUUGGAAUGUUCUGUUUCACCUCUGCAACUGUGAAAAUAUUUUGAUGAGGUUCUAGCCUAACCCAGAGGUUUUGGGGCACUAACCUACCCGACGGGAUGCAGUAGAUUGUGUGAGGAGUUUUGUGCUGAUAUAUAUGGAGGUUCGGGCAGCGUUCGAGAUCGUUUUGUGGUUAUAUGUGUGGGUAUGUUGCUUGGUAGACUGAGUGGGUAACGGCAUGUUUUUGGAGAGUUCAAGUGCAUGUUUGCUAUUGAUUGGCGCCUACAUAGACGCAGCACAAAGGGUAGAAUGUCGCGCAUGUGUUUGAAAGGCUGGCGUAUUCCCAACGUUUUGGCGAAAGAGGUGUACCUAUUUCCCUCUUCUUGGUUGUGAAUGGUCCUCGAUUGUGCGGUUGCGUGGACUCUGUAUCUUGCAAGGGGCAGUCGUUUUGGCGGAACGGGCUAGGCUAGAUUAGAUUUUUCGGAUAUGCCACUGCGUGCAACUUGAAAGCCGUCCUGCACUCGAAGAGGCGGGAAAGUUCGGUGCGGCAGCGAGUCUAGAACAAUGGAUUAUGCCAUGUACUUCAAAUGCAAUAGAAAACUAGAAGGCACUUUGCACGCU